AUGUGGGACAAGAAGAAUAGCCUGUUCAUCAAACUCAGCUCUACCUUCCAGGGCCAAGUGUGUGGUCUGUGUGGUAACUACGACGGUAAUGGAAAGAACGACUUCACGUCCAGAAACCAGGAAGUGGUUGUUGAAGCUCUGGAGUUUGGGAACAGCUGGAAAGUGUCACCCAGUUGCCCCAACGCUGAUAUCAUAAAAAACCCAUGCACUGUAAGAUCAUACAGGCAGUCCUGGUCUCUGAAACGCUGCAGCAUCAUCACCAGUAAUGUUUUCUCAGCCUGCCACUCACAGGUGGACCCCACGCCAUUCCAUGAUGCCUGUGUGAGGGACUCGUGUGCCUGUGACACUGGGGGAGACUGCGAGUGUUUCUGUACAGCUGUAGCAGCCUACGCCCAGGCCUGUAACGAGGCAGGGGCUUGUAUCAAGUGGAGAACACCAGAUAUCUGCCCUCUGUUCUGUGAUUUCUACAACCCUAUUGGUGAGUGUGAGUGGCAUUAUAAUCCGUGUGGAUACCCCUGUAUGAAGACCUGCAAGAAUCCCUCAGGAACAUGCUCCAGUCAGAUCCCUGCACUGGAAGUCGUUGCUCAUCAACUGAGGUCAGAUGCAGCUAUAAUGUCCAAGCACCCCAAUUCCAACAACUACACCAAGUGUUACAACAACAAAGAUAUUCACUCAAGCACCGACCACAACAGUAUUUGUUUUCUCAACUCCGACCACUACCCCAACCACAACCAUAACCCCUACCCCUACCCCUACCCCCACAACAACCAUUACUCUGACAACAACCCCUUCCACUACGCCCACAACAACCCCGACUUCACCAACACCCACUUCACCCACUACUACUCCACACUGCCUGACCAAGACUGUCUAACAACCCCUACCAUUACCCCAACAACAACCCCUACCAUUACCCCAACAACAACCCCUACCAUUACCCCAACGACAACCCCUACCAUUUCCCCAACGACAACCCCUACCAUUACCACAACAACAACAACAACAGAAAGUCCAACAUCAACAACAACAACUAUGUCAACAAAAUAUACCACAACAAGUGAAACAACAGAGGAAAUUACAACUGGUCCAGAACCAACAACAACCACAACAACCAUUACUCUGACAACAACCCCUUCCACGAUGCCCACAACAACCCCUACUUCACCAACACCCACUUCACCCACUACUACUUCACACUGCCUGACCAAGACAGUCUGUGAAUGGUCAGACUGGAUUAGCAAAUACUAUCCCUCUGUUGGACCAGAAGGAGGAGAUUUUGAAAGCAUAGAAAAUAUAAGGAAAUCUGGAAUUGAUAUUUGUAGCCAACCUAAGGAAGUAGAAUGCAGAGCCAAAGACAACAUCCAUGUUCCUUUGGCCGAACUAGGUCAAAAUGUUGAAUGCAAUCCCUCAGUUGGACUGAUAUGCCGCAACAAGGAUCAAGGCAUCCCACCAAUAUGCUACAACUACGAGAUCAGAGUCAGAUGUUGUGUUGAUGUUUGUAGCAAUGAGACACCUACCACUGCAGAAAGGCACACAACUACCAUUAUAACAUCAACAACUACCCCAACAACAACAACAACAGAAAGUCCAACAACAACAACUUCCCCAACAACAAGAACAACAACAGAAAGUAAAACAACAACUACCCCAACAACAACAACAACAACAGAAAGUCCGACAACAACAACUACCCCAACAACAAGAACAACAACAGAAAGUCCAACAACAACAACUACCCCAACAACAAGAACAACAACAGAAAGUCAAACAACAACAGAACGUCCAACAACAACAACAGAAAUUCCAACAACCACAACUAAGUCAACAACUCCAUCCAUAACAACAAAAGUAACAGAGGAAGUUACAACUGGUCCAGAAUCAACAACACCUACCACCACAACCACAACAACAACAACCACCACAGAAAGUCCAUCAACCACAACAACAUCGAAGACAACAACAUAUUCCACAACAACUGAAACAACAGAGGAAAUUACAACUGGUCCAGAAUCAACAACUCCCACAACAACCACUACACCAACAACAACAACAACCACAGAAAUCCCAUCAACCACAACAACAACUAAGAAAACAACAUAUUCUCCAACAAGUGAAACAACAGAGGAAAUUACGACAGGUCCAGAAUCAACAACACCUACUACCUCUACCACAACAACAACAACCCCCACUACUACCCAAAUGACAACCCCAACCAUUACCCCAACAACCACAACAACAACAACAACAGAAAGUCCAACAUCAACAACAACUAUGUCAACAAAAUAUUCCACAACAAGUGAAACAACAGAGGAAAUUACAACUGGUCCAGAACCAACAACAACCACAACAACCAUUACUCUGACAACAACCCAUUCCACUAUGCCCACAACAACCCCUACUUCACCAACACCCACUUCACCCACUACUACUCCACACUGCCUGACCAAGACUGUCUGUGAAUGGUCAGACUGGAUUAGCAAAUACUAUCCCUCUGUUGGACCAGAAGGAGGAGAUUUUGAAACCAUAGAAAAUAUAAGGAAAUCUGGUAUUGAUAUUUGUAGCCAACCUAAGGAUGUAGAAUGCAGAGCCAAAGACAACAUCCAUGUUCCUUUGGCCGAACUAGGUCAAAAUGUUGAAUGCAAUCCCUCAGUUGGACUGAUAUGCCACAACAAGGAUCAAGGCAUCCCACCAAUAUGCUACAACUAUGAGAUCAGAGUCAGAUGUUGUGUUGAUGUUUGUAGCAAUGAGACACCUACCACCGCAGAAAGGCCCACAACAACCAUUAUAACAUCAACAACUACCCCAACAACAAGAAAAACAACAGAAAGUCAAACAACAACAACUACCCCAACAACAACAACAACAACAACAGAACGUCCAACAACAACAACAGAAAGUCAAACAACAACAACUACCCCAACAACAACAACAACAACAGAACGUCCAACAACAACAACUUCCCCAACAACAACAACAACAACAGAAAGUCAAACAACAACAGAACGUCCAACAACAACUACCCCAACAACAACAACAACAACAGAAAGUCAAACAACAACAGAAAGUCAAACAACAACUACCCCAACAACAACAACAACAACAGAAAGUCCAACAACCACAACUAAGUCAACAACUCCAUCCAUAACAACAACAGUAACAGAGGAAGUUACAACUGGUCCAGAAUCAACAACACCCACCACCACAACCACAACAACAACAACCACCACAGAAAGUCCAUCAACCACAACAACAUCUAAGACAACAACAUAUUCAACAACAAGUGAAACAACAGAGGAAAUUACAACUGGUCCAGAAUCAACAACACCCACAACAACCCCUACUACUACCCCAACUACUACCACAACAACAACUCAGACGAGGACUACCUCUGAGGUUAUAACAACAGCAACCACCAAAGCAUCUACGACAACAACAGCCUUCACUGUAGUCACAAAUCCACCAUACACAAAACCAACAGAAAAGCAAAUCUCAAACUUGACAACACAGACAAAAGAAACUACUAUAUCAAACCCAACCACCACCCCUACCAUUACCCCAACAACAACCCCUACCAUUACCCCAACAACAACCCCUACCAUUACCCCAACAACAACCCCUACCAUUACCCCAACAACAACCCCUACCAUUACCCCA